UUUUCUUUUCUUUUUUUGCCUUUGUUUCAUCGGCUUCAAGUUUGGGCUGCAAAAAUGGGUUGCUUUAGCCAUAUCAGAAAACAAAAGAAAAGAUUAUCAGGGAGCAAAUUAGAAAGCAUUCAACCAGCUUCUUCAGGAAAUGCAGUAAAAGUAAAAAGGGAUUUGAAAGUAAAAACAAGGGAAGAAGCAAAAGAGGUGGUUUACGAAAACGAGCACCGGUUGGGUUCAAAUAUAAAGAAAGAGGUUUGUGGUGAAGCAAAAACGUCAAACGAAGAGGUAAAAACAUUUACAUUCCAUGAACUAGCAGAAGCAACAAGAAAUUUCAAGUCGGAUUGCUUUCUAGGUGAAGGAGGAUUUGGCAAAGUUUACAAGGGCUAUUUGGCAAGGAUUAACAAGCUUGUAGCUAUAAAGCAACUUGAUUGGAGUCGAGGUCAAGGAAUAAGAGAAUUCAUGGUGGAAGUGGUAACAUUAAGUUUGGCCAAUGACCCAAAUCUUGUAAAAUUGAUAGGCUAUUGUGUUGAGGGUGAUCAAAGAUUGUUGGUAUAUGAGUUCAUGCCUUUAGGAUCAUUGGACAAACAUUUGCACGAUGUUCCAGCAGGGAACAAAGUGCUUGAUUGGAAUACAAGAAUGAAGAUAGCAGUAGGAGCAGCAAAAGGGUUGGAAUAUUUACACAACAAAAUGAAGCCAGCAGUUAUAUAUAGAGAUUUAAAAUGCUCAAAUAUUUUGUUGGGUGAAGAUUAUUGGCCAAAGCUCUCAGAUUUUGGGCUAGCAAAAGUUGGUCCAAGUGGUGAUAACACUCAUGUGUCUACUAGAGUUAUGGGCACUUAUGGAUAUUGUGCACCAGAUUACGCAAUGACUGGCCAGUUGACAUUCAAAUGUGAUAUCUACAGCUUUGGGGUUGUUUUAUUGGAACUAAUCACGGGUAGAAAAGCUAUUGAUCAUACAAGACCUUCAAAGGAGCUGAGUUUGGUAGCAUGGGCAAGACCAUUGUUCCGAGACCGAAAGAGAUUCUUAGUAAUGGCAGAUCCAAGGUUGGAUGGUCAAUUUCCCAUUAGAGGAUUGUAUCAAGCUCUUGCCAUUGCAGCAAUGUGUCUUCAAGAACAACCUACGAUGAGACCAACAAUAUCAGAAGUUGUCGCAGCUUUAAAUUUUCUUGCUUCUCAAAAUUAUUCUCACACAACCGAUUAGCUUAUAAAUAUCAAUUACCCAAUUCUAAUAUAUUAUAUACUUCUUUUCAUGGGUCUAUCUCCCUAAGAAGCUUAUAAUUAUGUGACCCACUAUAGGAUUGUUAUAUUGGGGUAGGAUGAAGGUAUAGGAUCAUGUUUGAGUUGUCUUUAUGAUUCUAUUGAUUUCGUUUUUAGUUUUUUAGUUUUUUUUUUAAUAAUAAUAAGAUUGAGUUAGUUUUAUGAGUUCUAAA